CGCUGCGGUGUCAGCGUGGAGAAAUGGGUUUUCAGCCUCCGGAUAACAGUGUGCACCCGGCAGUGGUUGCUGUCACGCCGGCUGCAGGCCUUUCCUGGAGAGGGCCGCUGGCCGGUCACUCCUCGGCAGCGGGGCCCACCGUGGCCAGCACCGCACUCCAACCAUGCCAGCUGCAGGGCUUUCAGGAGAAGCUCUCUGCCUGUAACAAACCCGGCAGAACCCACACCAAGCUCCGGUCCUGUCAGGAACAUACAAACACAAGUCCUGAGGAGAAAUCCUGUGAAUAUGUGCCCUGUGCAAAAUCAUGCUAUGAUUUCACUGGAGAAAGUGCUACUUCGGAGAACCCGGACAGUCGUUCGUGCCUGACAGCCAGCGAUGUUGAAAUCUGGGGAGGGUGUCACCGUGAGGGACGUAUGUGUUCGUGUGUACCAUACGGAUGUUCUCAUUCUUCCUACAAUAUUCAGGCACAAGAAAAAGCUCACUGUGGAGAAAAUGCCCACGUACAUAAACACGAUGGACCAUCCUCCACGGAUCACUCACUGGGUAAUCUUGAACGAAGUCACAUCGAGGAGAAACCCUGUGUGUGCCGGCAGUGUGGGCCAGCUUGCAGCACACAGCAUUGUUAUGCCCUGCAUGAACGUGUUCGCCCCAGGGAGACAUCCCAUGUGUGUAGGCAUUGUGGGAAAGCCUUCGUCACGCGUGAUGCGUGUGAAAGGCACGAGUGGAAUCACACAGGGCAGAAGCCCUAUGCGUGCGUGGCAUGCGGCAAAACCUUCGUCACACGUCAUGCUUGUGACAGACAUGCCUGGACUCACACUAGGGAGAAACACUAUGCAUGUAAGCAGUGUGGCAAGGCUUUCUUCACCUGUAGGAAUUGUAGAAGGCACGAGCGGACGCACGCUGGGAAGAAACUCCAUACAUGUAAGCAGUGUGGCAAAGCGUUCGCCGCGAGGUGUCACCUGAAACAGCACGAAUGGUCGCACACUGUGGAGAAGCCCUAUGCGUGUAUGCAGUGCGGCAAGGCCUUCUGUACCCGUGAUGCUUGCCAGCAGCACGAACUCACUCACAUGGUGCAGAAGCCCUGCGUGUGCAAUCAGUGUGGCAAAGCUUUCAGCGCUCAGUGUUUACUUCAAGACCAUGAAAAGACUCACGGUGGAGAGAAACCUUACGUUUGUCAUGACUGUGGCAAAGCUUUCAGCAAACGUCGUGCUUGUGAACGUCACGAGCGGACUCACACUGGGGAGAAACCCUACGCGUGUGUGCAGUGCGGCAAAGCGUUCAGUGUGCGUUUCAAUUGCCAGAGGCAUGAGCGGACUCACGCUGAAGAGAAACCCUUUGCGUGUAAGCAGUGUGGCAAGGCGUUCAAAGAGCACCAUGCCUGUGAAAGGCACGAACGGACUCACACUGGGGAGAAACCCUACACGUGUAGGCACUGCGGCAAAGCUUUGAGCAACAGGGAUACUUGGAAAAUGCAUGAACGGAUUCACACUGGGGAAAAACCCUUCGUGUGUAAGGGCUGCGGUAAGGCGUUCGUCACACAUCGGAAUUGCCAAAUACACGAACGAAUUCACACCGGGGAGAUGCCCUACGCGUGUAAGCAGUGUGGGAAGGCUUUCAGCAGAAAAUACAGUUGGCAGGUGCAUGAGCGGACCCACACCGGGGAGAAGCCCUACGCGUGUAAGCAGUGCGGGAAAGCUUUCGUCACAAGAGAUAGUUGUCAAAUUCAUGAGCGGACUCACACUGGGGAGAAGCCCUUUGUAUGUGUGCUGUGUGGGAAAGCUUUCAGCACCAAAUCAGGUUGGAAAAUACAUCAAAGGAGUCACACAAAAAUUAAGCCCUAUUCGUGUAAGCAGUGUGGCAGAGCUUUUAGCACGAAAGGUUCUUGCCAAAUUCACGAACGUACCCACGCUGGGGAGAAGCCUUACGUAUGUAAGCUGUGUGCGAAAGCUUUCAGCAGCAAACUAGGUUGGAAAAUGCAUGAACGGAAUCACGCAGAAAGGAGACCCCGUUCAUGUGAACUUGGGCUUGCCAAAGGCAUGAAGGGGCUCCCACUGGGAGACGCCCUGUGCGUGUCAGCAGUGCCGCCAAUCAUGAGGGAUGUUUGGCAAAUGCAUGAACGGGCACACACUGGGGAGAAACCCUCUCCAGAGUGCUGGACAACGUCUUCCCAGAGAAUGCAGAAUGACCUUCAUUGA